AGUCCUCACAGCUUCAUCAAAGACAAACUCAACACAUGGAAACAGAAGCUGAUGGAGAGGACUGUGGAGGACCAGAACCAGCCAGGAACUCACAUCCACUUCUACAACAAGUGACUGAAGACCAGACUGGAGACUCUUCUGAUCCUGAGACUGAUGACAGUGACUGGAAGGAAAGCAGUGGACGUUUUUCUUGGAAAAAUUAUAAAGUCUCUCUCAGUGAUUCGAGAUGCAGUGCUGGUGGGAAAUCAUUCAGCUGCUCUGAGUGUCGGAAAGGAUUUGGCACCAAGACAAUUCUGAAGAUACACAUAAGAACUCAUACAGGAGAAAAACCCUUCAGCUGUUUAAUCUGUAAGAAAUCUUUUGCAUCGAGUGGAAAUUUAAGGAUACACAUGAGAAUGCAUACAGGAGAGAAACCGUACAGUUGCUCAGUUUGUGAAAAAAGAUUUGGAACCAAUCAGCGUCUAAAGAACCACAUGAUAACUCAUACAGGAGAGAAAUCCUUUAGCUGCUCAGAGUGUCCGAAAAGAUUUGGAACCGAGACGCAUCUCAAGAGACACAUGAUAACUCACACAGGAGAAAAGCCUUUCAGCUGCUCAGUUUGUAAGCAAUCGUUUGCAUUGAGUGGAAAUUUACAGAAACACAUGAGAAUCCACACGGGAGAGAAGCCUUUCAGCUGCAGUGUUUGUGACAAAAGAUUUGCGUGGCGUCUACAGAUCAAAAAACAUAAAUGUGUCGGUCGUCAGUCAUCACAGCUUCAUCAGAGUCAAACGGAGGAGAACAGAGAGGCAGAGCCUCCAGUCAGCAGAAAAACUCAACACAUGGAAACUGAAGCUGACGGAGAGGACUUUGGAGGACCAGAACCAGCCAGGAACUCACAUCCACUUUUACAACCAGAGACUGGAGACUCUUCUGAACCUGAGACUGGUGACAGUGCUGAUUGGAAGGAGACCAGAGAACCUCAGUCAGCUUUAAACUCUCUGAAACAUGAUUCAAGAUGUAAGACACGAUUCAGCUGCUCGGAGUGUGGGAGAAGAUUUGGCUUCAAGUCACUUCUGAAGAGACACGUGAGAAGUCACACAGGAGAAAAACCUUUCAGCUGCUCUGAGUGUGGUAAAGCUUUCACUGAAAGUGGACAACUGAAGACAACCACAUGA